AUGUUAGAUUAAAUCGAUGAAUCAAUUGAUAUGACAAUCAAGAUGUAAUCAUUAAAACCAUAAAGUAUAAAUUAUAAUUAUAUAGAUCGCAGUCCAGAAUAGAAAGUAAGUUUACUUAAGUUAAGAAAAAACUCAAAAAGCUUUGUAGAUUGUACUACAGAAAAAUUAAUUACUAUAUAUUGGUAUGAUUAAGAACAUGAUUAAACUUAUGAAUUUACUUAAGGCUUUAGUGAAAUAUUAAGAUUAGGUGAUAUUAGUAAUUGGGCUAUUUUGAAGUUAAGAGAUAUGAAUUUACCAAAGAUUGAUAUUGAAUAAACUAAACUAUAUUUACCUAAAAAGAAAUAAGGUAAACCAAAUGAAGAUUUUCCAUGUAUUAUUUAAGGUUAUUUUAGCAUUUAGAAAUGAACUACAACUAAAAGAUUGUGAUCAAACUAAAUUUUCUCUUAAAGUUACUUUUUUAAUACGAUAAGUAACUCCUCCAUAGAAAAUAGAACCUCGUUCAUCAUAUAGCAAUUCAUUGAAUAAAGUAAAACAUAUUCCAAUCCCUUAAUAAUAAAAAAAAAGUAAAAAUAGAACUAAUUUCUUUUGUUUUUGUAACAAUGGUGAUUGA